CAUUUUGCAGCGAGUGCUGAGGCGGUCAACAUGGCUCUCCGGCUGGUCAAGGCUACCCGUGUUGGUAAAGACAAUGUUGAACCAAAAGUCCUUCCAGCAAAAGCUGGAACAACAAAACUUGGGUUGAGACCUAGAACUGCUUUGGUGGACAUAGGAAACAAGGCACAAGGAAUUAAAGUCCCUUUGAAAAAGGGGAAAGGUACAGUGGCCCCAAAGGUGGAACCAGUGAAGAAGCUCAACAAACCAGUUGUUUCUCAAGCAGAAAAAUAUGAAGAUAUACCAAAGUUACAGGUACCAACAUCACCAUCCCUGAUGGAAACAUCAGGCUGUAUAGCUGAAGACUUGUGCCAAGCCUUCUCUGAUGUGCUGCUUCCUGUUAAAGAUGUUGAUGCAGACGAUGGUGACAACCCCAUGCUAUGCAGUGAAUACGUUAAAGAUAUCUACAAAUACUUGAGGCAACUAGAGGUGGAACAGUCAGUGAGGCCAAAGUACUUGGAAGGAAGGGAGGUAACUGGGAAUAUGCGUGCUAUCCUAAUAGACUGGCUUGUACAGGUUCAGAGAAAAUUUCAGCUUCUCCAAGAAACAUUGUACAUGACUGUGUCAAUCAUUGAUCGAUUCCUUCAGGAUAAUCCAGUGACCAAGAGCAACCUACAACUUGUUGGUGUGACAGCAAUGCUCGUGGCAUCUAAAUAUGAAGAAAUGUAUCCUCCAGAAAUUGGAGACUUUGUCUAUGUUACUGACAACACUUACACUACAGCUGCAAUACGUGAAAUGGAGAGGAAGAUUCUUCAGAAGCUUAACUUUUCUCUAGGCAGGCCUCUUCCUCUGCACUUUCUGAGGAGGUCUUCAAAAGUUGCAGAAGUAAGCUCUGAACACCAUACUCUGGCUAAAUAUUUGAUGGAACUGACUAUAGUUGACUACGAGAUGAUGCAUUAUCUUCCAUCCCAAAUUGCUGCUGCUGCUUUUUGUCUUGCUCAGAAAGUCUUGAAUAAUGGUGAAUGGACACCUCUUCUACAGCAUUACAUGACCUAUAAAGAAGAUGAUCUCAUUCCAGUGAUGGAACACAUUUCCAAGAAUGUUGUGAAGGUCAAUCAAGGUCUCACUAAGCAUGUGACUGUUAAGAACAAAUAUGCCAGCAGCAAGCAAAUGAAGAUCAGCACCAUUCCACAGCUAAAAUCUGAUGUGAUACUCAACUUUUCAAAGCAUUUAAUCUCUCAGAAAUAACUUUCUCUGAAAGUGAUGUGUUCUUGUAUAGUCUGAUGUCUUGAUGCUUCUCAGCACCAUGUGCUAUUGUAAAUAAGAAAUGUAAUUUCCAUUUUUAUCCACUACUUGGACUUUUCUUCACUAAUAAAACUGAUUUUAAACAUUUUGUUUUGCUGCCCACUUUUAACAAUCUGCACCAUUCAUUGUGAUUUCACUGCUGAUCUUUAACAUUGAUUCAGUUGGCUUUGUUGUUUGACCUUGAACUGAGUUUG